UGGAGCUGCUGGAGCAGGUGCCGGGCCCCGGCUCAGCGUGGGGGCAUCAUCUCGCUUCUGCAGGCGCCGCGGGGGUGCACGGAGAGAUUGGGGAUGAGCAUGAAUGUGGAGCUCAGAUCGCUGCUUCUACUGAAGCUGAAUAAUUCUAAGCCACCCCUUAGUCCCCACACCAGAGUUGCUGUGGUGUACUGAAAUGAUCUGAGAAGGAGCUGGAAAGAGCUGCUUUUAAGAUGACCCGAACGGACCCGCCUGAUCUUCUGGUGUCUAUGGUGUAUCAGGACAUCAAGGUGGCUUCUCUCAACCCCUCCCGUUCAGCUUUCUACCAGCCCAUGGGGCAAUGUGAUACUUCCAUGUCUUCAUCCUUGGAGACCCACUCCCAGCACUUCAACAAGCGGCACUGCCGCAGCUUUGACUUCCUGGAAUCCCUGGACGAACCACCACCCACACCGCCUGUCAUGCAGCGCUCCUCCCGGCGACCGCCCACUCCAGAACCCUCCUCUGCUCCUGUGGGCAAGAAGGCUUCUGUCAGGACAGCUGCUCCAGAGGCUCCAGUCAGCAAGGCCUACCCGCGAGGGAGGGAGGUUCCAAAGGAAUCAGCCCCGCGAGCAGAGCCCAAGAGACGAGCCAGAUCUAAGAGUGCCCCUCGAGUCAAAACCGCCUUCACUCCAAUUGCCAUACCUGUGUCUUCCGGCUCACCCUCAGCACCAUCCAGAAGGGGACGUGAAGUCCAGCGAGUGUCCCGAGAGCCUGAACAAAUGGAGCUAUCCCCUCGUCGAGAGGGCGGCUAUUCCUCUAUGAAGCCCUUGAUCAAUGAAGUGCAUCCGAUCAAGCUGCAGCCACAGCGCAGCAGCGGUAGCCGCAUCUCACCCCUCUGUGUUAGUGGCGCCAACUGCUAUGAGGAGGCACCUGCCAUGCGGCCCCUACCACAGAGCAUACACGUCAAACGCCGAGUGGACAUCAAGCCGGAUGAGGCUACAGUGAUGCAUGCGGCCCGCAGCACCAAAGCCUCUCACGGCCACAUGGAGGCUUUGCCACCCUGGCCCAGGCCUCCUGGUGCUGCUCACAGCUUAACAGUGCCUGGCAGCCGACAGAUGUCCAUGUCACGGACUCCCACACCCAGCGACACCUAUAGUGGGGAACACCGGGUCCUGGCACCGUACCCCGCUGAAGUUUAUGAUGGAGGCCAAGCCUUGCCAGAAGGUGGCUGCAUUCCCUUCACCCCAUACGUGCCAAACAAGUUCUUCUACACUGAAGAGCCAGGCAACUUCCCUCUGAAAAGCUCUGGCUAUGAGGGAUACCCUCCCCAGUAUGGGGGCCACGUCCUCCCACCACAGCCCUUUUAUGGGGAAGAGUCUCCCAAAAGUGGCUUCCAUGCUUUCCCUCCCAGGACGUUUUUUGUGGAGGAUAACCGGUCUUAUCCCAUCCAGGAGCCCCCUGCUAGGACAUACUAUGGGGAUGAUUCUCGCUUUUAUACCCCCAGGACUCCUCCCAUGAAGGCUGUUUAUGCUGAUGACCCUAGGGCUUACCCUGCCUUGAGGUCCAACCCCCGAGUCUUUUAUGCAGAGGAUUAUGGGAAAUACCAUGAGCGGGAAAUCAUGUCCAGAACCUACCCAUAUCCACGCAAUACUCAGCCCGCGCAGUUCAAUGACUGGUAUAGCCCUGACAGAGGGUCAGUACCAUACCAGACAUGGCAAAUGUCCCGUUUCACUCCCCCACAACCUGCGCCCAGAGCUAUGCUGUCCUCCUGGCACGCCAGCUAUAGCGCCAGCCCUCCCCGGCUUGGCACAGACACACGUCACUAUUCCAAAUCCUGGGACAAUAUCCUGACUCCCCACGUGCGCCGAGAAGACCCCAUGUUGCGUGGGCGCAGCUACGAGAACCUGUUGGCCCGGGAUCCACACCGUGCCUUAUCUCCCGAUGACCGACGCCAACCAGUUGUGGUCAAUCUGUCCACUUCACCCAAACGCUAUGCUGCGCUUUCGCUCUCUGAAAACUCCCUCAUCGAGAAGAUGCAUGUCGAUGGUGGACGUCACGGCUGGUUUGUCACCCCAGAGAUCACUAUUACCGACAAUGACAUCCGAGCCAACGGUGUCUGUAAAACAGAGAGACGCUCGGCCAGCUGGGAUGUCUUGGAUUCAGGUGAUGUGCGAGACAGGGGUUGCAUCCAAACCGGGCCCUACGUUGCUAAUCCUGGCGCCAAAGAAAAUGUUGCCCACCAGCGUAGCCUGGAGCAAUUGGACGAGCUGAUUACAGACCUGGUCAUUGAUUACAAACCUCCUUCUGCUUGCCCAUCCAGUGAGGUUAGCAACUUGGCUGACCAGCUCCGGCGGCUGAUAAGCGAGAGCAUGGCCCUGCCUGCCAAGAAACCAGACCCCUGGAAAGUGGUGGAACCCCAUCCCACAAAAGAACAGCCUGGCCCCAGCUCAUUCCAUGCUGAGCUGCGUAAGGACCAAGGGAGGCGCUCUGCCGACAUGGCGGUGUCUGCCGGUCCAUUUGAGAAAGUGUGGGACGAUUGCUCGCCAGACCUCAGCGCCGACGAGGAUGAUGUGAUGAUGUGUUCCAAUGCCAAGUGCCGCCGGACAGAGACUAUGUUCAACGCUUGCCUCUACUUCAAAUCUUGCCACAGUUGUUAUACUUAUUACUGCUCCCGUAACUGCCGACGAGAGGACUGGGAUACCCACAAGGAGAACUGCAUUUAUGGCCGGAUUGGCAGCACUUGCCGCCACGUGCUGCAGUUCUGUCGGGAGAGCGGAGAAGUGCACAAGGCCUUCUCACGCAUCGCUAAGGUGGGCUUUCUGUCCAGGGGCCGUGGGGUACUCUUUUUGGGCUUCCCCAACGCAGGCUCCGCUGAGAACUUUCUGCAGUUUGGCUUGGAGAGCUUGCUGAUGUCACCCACUUACCUGUCGCUGCGGGAACUUGAAAACUACUCUGACAAUCUCGGGGACUAUGCCCGGGAGCUUCGGGAGGCUGGCCAACAGUAUGACCCAAAUGAAUGUUUCCUCCUGAAUGUAACUGUGGCGGUCGGACAGAAGGUCCCCGAGAGGCCAUCCCCCAAGGUGCAGGUGCCAACAGUCAGGAAGUAUGCCAAGGUGGCCUUAGCAUCCUCAAGUCCUGAAAAGAAGAUCCUGAAGAAGGAGCACGACAUGGAAACGCUAAUCCUGACGCCUCCUCCUGGCACGGCUGACAUAGACAAAGAGGGCGAGGAAGGGCGCAAAGCCCGCGAGGUCUGUUUCAUUAACAUCCAGCGGGAGCUGCGCAUCCGUGGGGUCUUUUUACGGCAUGAAUUCCCUAAGAUUUAUGAGCAGCUCUGUGAAUUCGUGGAGACUAACAAACGCUUCACGCCCACCACUAUCUACCCCAUCGAUAAGCGGACUGGCAAGCAGUUCAUGUGUAUGAUCAUGGCAGCAUCUGAGCCCCGUACUCUUGACUGGGUGGCGAGCCCCCACCUCCUCGACGACAUCAUGUGAUCCUACUACUGCCACCCAUCUCUCUUCUGCCCCGCCCUAUUUAUUGCCCUUUUCUUAGAGGUGUAUUUUGUUAUCAGAGUACUAAUGUGAUUUGAUUGGAAUGUUCCUGUUCUUUCUAAUGCAUUCUAGUUGGCUGUGGAAUAGGCUGGUCUAGGAUGUGACCAGGUUCCCUGAGGAAAGAAGCUGUGUGUGGCUUUAAGUACAAAUCGUUUCCGGAUCAAGCUGAAAUGAAAAUUCUGCUCACAAUUUGAAUUUGGAAUUUUCAGAUGUCCAUUAAAAAAAAACUGAUUAGAGAUACGCACAAUUAACUUUUCUUGGUAAUUGUGACGUUGGCAAUGCAAAGCCAUUGCCAAAUCCCAGGCCAUGCAACCUGUCCUCGAAAGCCAGCUGUUUCCAUAGUAGAGAAUAUUGUUCUGUUGUGGUUUUUUUUUAACCAACAUUGGAGAAUAGCAAUUGAAGUAUUUUCCAUCGCAUUUUCAUUCGCAAUUCUCUCAAAGAUUUUGUCUGGACUCCUCAGCUUGUCCGCCUUUAUCUUCCCAUCUGGGCAUCCGUGCUUAGCAAGGACUGGGGUGGGAUUGAGGCUUAUUUUAAGUUACUUUUAAGCAACUGGGCUGUAAUGGCACAAUUGGAGGUCUUGGGAAAGGCAGAUGGUAUCCAUUCAACCUUGCUUCUCCUCUGCAUUGUUUUACCAGCUGGUCCUGGAAGAGCCAGGACUGCGGUAGGGCUAUAGCAAGGCUUCUCCAGUCUCUCUGAUCCACGCUUUAACCAUUAGACAACAGUGCUACCUCUCUUAGGAUCUAUGGUCAGAGAUGACUCCCAACUGCCCAGCUCUUGGAGAAAGCCUGAUUGUCCUUGGUUGCUCGAAAGAAACAUUCUCCCUUCCAAGCACAGGCGAAGGGAUCAUGUGACAUCUAGCUAAACUUCUAUGGCCAUCACAGAAGUUACACUUGGGGGUGGGUGGGAUGUAUUUGCAUGGGGGGAAAGCAGGGUGCUGCUUAGAAAGUGUGUUAAAGUGUCUUGAGGAAUCCUUUCAUCCCACCCUGAGUAACUGGUUGCAUGCUUUGGAAAAUGUGAUUGUAUACAAUGCCACCUUCCUGAGUACACAUGGGCACUUCGGCCCACAGUUUUUCACAAAAUGUAUGCACUUCCAUUUCUGGGAGCAUUUGGAGAAUCACACUGUCAUGGCUUGUAGUCGUUGAUGUGGAGCAACCAGUUCGACUAAGUUGGAAAGUGAUGCAGUCUCUGAAGGUGGCAGAAUGGGUGUGAGAUCUACUCUGUGGGGCACAAUCUGCUGCUGCAUGACCUCCAUUGAGAUGACCACAGGCUUCCCUUCAUUCCAGCAAAGUUUGUGAAGGAGGUUGUCCCAGUGCAUUGCUGUUCAUGGUCAGAAGUGGGGUGCCUUUGGGAUGUUUUGCCUCAAGCAGCAAAGUUAGUUGAGCCAGCCCUGAGAGUAACUAUUACGAAGUCCCCCCCCCACUCCUCCUGGCUCCAUCAUCCAUAUUUUUCAAAAUUAACUUAGUGCAAAUCAAAGCCCCCAUAAAGCUCUUUGGUCAUUGCCAUGCUUGCUGCUGGGGCAAAGCAUAGAUUUGACCUUUUCCUCCCACCUUUUGGAGAGCCAGUGUGGUGUAGUGAUUAAGAGCAGGUAGAUUCUAAUCUAGAGAUCUGGGUU